AUCAUGCCCUUUCAGGAUGGACGUAUAAACAAAAUUGGUUGACGCGAUCGUCAUUUCAUGCGAGACCGAACAAGGUUCAAAACCCUCUUAACCGAUUAAUUGCUAGGGUUUCUUCUCAUUCUUCGUUCGUUGCGCGUUAGCUUUGCGCGAGCGGCCCUCAACUUCUUCUCUUUGAACUUUGCGUUCUCCAAUCCGAGCACAGAAUCAUCUGUGACCUGACAUUAUUCAUCAGCAGGUGUUCUCAAAGGAUGGAUUCUCAGGUGAAGCUUGCAGUCGUGGUGAAGGUAAUGGGACGAACUGGGUCAAGGGGACAGGUGACUCAGGUCAGGGUCAAAUUUCUGGAUGAYCAGAACAGGCUUAUCAUGAGGAACGUGAAGGGACCUGUCAGGGAGGGUGAUAUCCUCACCUUGCUYGAGUCUGAAAGGGAAGCCAGGAGAUUGCGCUGAGGGCCUGUUACAUUUUCAAAGGUUUCUUCUGUUAGGUUUUAUCUUUUUUAUGUUUUAAUGGGAAUCCUCGAUUGAAGUCAUACACCUAGUUUCAAAAUGGAUUGGGUUUUGAUGAAUUCCUAAAUUUUGCUUGUGUUUGUGAUCUGGAAACAAGGAUUUGUUUAGGAAGGUUAUUAUCUUUCAUCUACGUUGCCUUUAAUUCUUCAAUGCUA